AUGAGCUUCGAGAGCGCCCAGUACACCCCCUUCCUUCAUUACAAUGACACUGGUGUGGGAAAGGAGAACGGGAGAGAGGGCAAGAAGCCACGGUACAUGCAGAAGGACGGUAGCUGCAAUCUCACUUUCCAACGGGUGCCGGGUGAGUGGAAGCUCUACGUAAUAGACAUCUUCACCACCCUGGUGGAGAUCCGAUGGCGGCUCAUGUUCUUGACCUUCGCCCUGUCCUACAUCCUCUCUUGGCUCUUCUUCGGGCUGCUCUAUUGGGUCAUCGCCCUGGCUCACGGCGAUGUCAAGGACCCGUCUCGUGAACCUUGCGUGUACAAUGUGCGCAGCUUCACGGCAGCCUUCCUCUUCUCCCUGGAGACUCAGACCACCAUCGGCUACGGCUUCCGUGGCAUGGCUGAGAACUGCGCGGUGGCCAUCGUCGUGGUCACAGUGCAGGACGUUUUGAGCUGCUUCAUCGACGUCUUCGUCAUCGGCAUUGCUGUGGCCAAGAUGGCAUCGGCACGAAAGAGGGCUCAGACUGUGGGCUUCAGCAACUGUGCCGUGAUCAACCUGCGAGAUAACCAGAUGUGCCUGUCCUGGCGCCUCGGUGACUUCCGGCGCAACCACAUGGUGGAGGGUACGGUCAGGGCGCAGCUAGUGCGCUGCACGGAGCAUCAUUCAGGUAGCGCGAGUGUGUCAUACCGAGAUUUGGACAUCCAGAACGGUAACAUCAUCCUGGCCACACCAACCACCAUUGUCCACCAGAUUGACGCGGGCAGUCCGCUCUACGGCAUGAGCCUGCAGGACCUCCGCAGCGAUGACUUUGAGCUCGUGGUUUCCUUCACCUACACCAGCGACACCACGGGCAUCCUGCACCAGACGCGUGCCUCCUACACUCCAGCAGAAAUCCGCUGGGGCCAGAGGUUCCAGAACAUGCUGAAGGCAAAGGGGAGGUGCUACAAGGUUGACUACGCCCUCUUCCACCUGACUACCGCCGUUCCGGUGCCAGAAGUCAGCGCCGAGGAAUACGACAGACGGAUGCAUCGGCUUCCCAGUCCGCACAUUCGUCAGCGGCCCGGCCGAAGGGCAUCGGGCCAAGGAACCCGGGACGCCAGCGGCAAGACAUCCGAUGCAACCGAAAGCACAAAUGACUCAGAUGUGGCCGCCUUAUGACACGGCACUGCAGUCCAAAAGAGCGUAUGACACACGAUGGGUAGAGAGGACCAGAGGCACAACUUUACACCUGGAUAGUAAAAGCAAA